GCUCUAAAUUGUAUUAUAAACAUAACAUGGAUCGAAGUCGAACCAAAAAUGCAUCUGAAGGGAUUGCUCCUAUGGGCAUCACAGCACUCACUGAGACAGUGCUCAGCAACCAGCCCGAGUCCCGGUAUGAGUGCCCGGUGUGCCUGAACUGGCUCCGAGAUCCUGUGAUCACCACUUGUGGGCACAAGUUUUGUAAAAGCUGCAUCACUUCUUGGCUACAAAACAGUGGACACUGCCCCAUAGACAAUAUAAACCUCAGUAUGAAGGUAGACAUCUUCCCAGACAACUACACCAAGCGUGAAAUACAGGAGCAGAGGAUGUCCUGUCCAUUUGCUGACAAAGGCUGCAAGCUGAAGGUAACGCCACUAGACCUGGACAGUCACAUUGCGUCUUGCGAGUUCAAUCAGCCAGAGACAUCUGCGCAGAAGGAGGCGCGCGUGCCGUGCUCUUUCCAAGCCGUCGGUUGCCGCGAGACGUUCGCCAGCCAAGAUGAUAUGAACACGCAUCUGCAUGAGGACACGCAGACUCAUAUGAGUUACCUAAUGAACGCGUAUUCAGAGAUGAAGAUCAGCAAAGACAUCUCGAGCGCGAGCCUGGACGCCAAGGAACAAGAAGCCAUGCUGCUGUGGGACGCGCCCGACAAGGAGAGCAAGGACGGGGAAGGCAACACUGCGCCGCCGCUCACUAACACUAGCGCUCUUAUUAGAGCCCUCUACGAGAGAGUGGUGGUACUCGAACAGCGCAACCGCGAGCAGGACAUAGUCAUCGCGAACAUGUCCAAACAACUUGGCGCCUUCGCCGUGGCCAAGGUCAAGCAGAGUCAUGACAUGUUGCUACGCUACUGCAUGGGCCACUUCGUGUGGAGGGUAGACAGCUUCAGGAAUAGGCUGGAGGCCAUGCUGAAGGACCAUUACAAGAUGCUGUAUAGCCCAGGGUUCUAUACCACGCCUAAUGGAUACAGAUUCUGCGUCCGCCUGAACAUAUCGCCACAAAAUCCGCACUGCUUCGCUCUCCACGUGCACUUGAUGAAGACGGAAUACGACGACUGCCUCGAGUGGCCUUUCAACGGCCGAAUCUCCUUCGCUAUGAUCAACCAGCUUGACCCUGACCUCACACAGAGAGAUACCAUGAUGUCCAACUCCAGUCUAAUAGCCUUCAGGAAACCCACAGCAGAGAUUUGCGUCAGAGGCUUCGGGUAUACGGAAUACGCGGUGAUAAAUGACGUAGUCAAAAACGGGUUCGUCAAAGACGACACCCUGAUCAUCAGGGUGAAUAUCAAGUGUGUAUGACAUGAGGAGUGAUUUUUUGUUUGUUUUAACGGCCAUCCGUGAACUGUGGUUUUGACAGGCGAUUAUGCGCAUACUGGGCUAGUCGUCAUAAAUGUCGCAACUAUUUGUACCAUGUUGUGAUAUUGUGUGCAAUAAUAAUUAUAAAAGUCCGUCCAAUUAUAUUAUCACUAUGAUAUCUGCAUUUCCUGUCGACUUUAGUACAUAUGUUACGGUCAAUGUGAUAAAUUGAAAAUUAUUAAUAAUAACCGGUUAUUAUGAAUAAUUACCGACAGUCGCGGUAAAAGUGAU